AUGUCUUUGGAAAUAAGAUUAAAACAAUGGUUAAUGGAUCUCGAGUUAAAAAUGUAUUUGACUUUUACACUAGAUUUUGCUAAGUUGACAUUGACACCUGAACCAGAUAUCAAAGAAACAAUCUUUCGGGACCUAUU